UACAUUUGUGAAGUCUGUUUGCAGGAUGGGGAAUACUAAGAGCAGCGCGUUGUCAAAAGAGCUCCUGGAGGAACUGAAAUCCAACACGAAAUACUCAGAGGCCGAGCUCUGCACCUGGUACCAGACCUUCCUGAAGGAGUGCCCCGGCGGGAAGAUCAGCAAGCAGCAGUUUGAAGGCAUCUACGCCAGCUUCUUCCCCAAUGCAGACCCAUCGAAAUAUGCACAGCACGUUUUCAGGAGUUUCGACACCAACGCAGACGGCACUUUGGACUUUAAAGAGUACAUUGUUGCUCUGCAUCUCACGUCAGGGGGGAAGACGCUGCAGAAGCUGGAAUGGGCCUUUGCUCUGUACGACGUUGACGGGAAUGGAAACAUCAACAAAAGUGAAAUCCUGGAGAUUGUUAGGUCAAUAUUCAACAUGAUUCCUGCUGAAGACCAGAAGGUCCUCCCCGAGGAUGAAGAUUCACCAGAGAAGAGGGCGGACAAGAUCUGGCAAUUCUUUGGGAAGAAAGAAAACGAUAAAAUCUCAGAAGGAGAAUUCAUUCACGGUGUGAUGGACAACAAAGAUAUCCUGCGAUUGAUACAAUAUGAUGAGCCUCAGAAAAUUAAAGACAAGCUGGCGGAGAAAAAGCAAUAAUAUAUAUUGUUUAAAGCCCCCUCAUGUGAUUUUAAGUUUUUUCUUUUUCCGUUUACAUUUAACAUGAUAUGACUGCUUGCCUGCUUGUGUUACUCACUGUCUCUCCCUCUGCGUCUCUCACUGUUUUAUUUUUUAUUAUUUCAUUAAUUUCUUUGGGUCUUUACCAGCCUGGUAGUGUUGUAUUUCAUAUUUUUUCCCAGUAAGAAAUUAAAUAAUUGUAUUUAAUACCAAACAACAGAAGCUAAAAAACUGUUGAAAUGGCCAUUUAUGCCAUGGGCUUCUAAACUUUGUGCAGUUAAAACUGGAUUUGUGAUAAACAUGCACUCACUAAUAGUGAUACACUGUCUCUCACAAAGCCAAAAUACAGUAACUUACAAUUACGAGAUCAUACUAUUGAGUCUAUCAUUUUUGGGACAACGUCAUGAAAAGAACUAAAGAAAGUUACACUUAAUAGGCCUAAAUGGCUAGCUAGCAGUUUAGCAGCAACUGCCGCCCCCGCAACUUCCUGAUUUACCCACUUUAAUAAAUGAGUUUGUUAUACCACAUCAUUCAUACACCAGCUUUAUCUUAACUGAAAUGUAGGGUAAAAGGGUAUACCAGUUAAGCUAGUUUGACUAAAUGCCACUUCUAGCUAGCGGACUAGCAGUGCGUUCCAUCAGUCAGAAGAAGAUAGAGCCUCUGACUGGUGGAAAACAUGUGAUUUCAUGUGGUUAUACUACAUUUAAAAUACCACUUUUGUGUAAAAUGAAACAUGAAUGUAUUACUAACAUUGAAAAGCAAGCAAAGUAAAAACAGAAGUACUUAAUGGAGAGAAGAAAAUAACACUAAUAAACUAGUCAAGCUAAAUGCUAAUUAGCUAAGCUAGAAGUUACUGUUGGUAAACUACUGGUUAAACUCAACUAUAGUUAAAUCUUAUUUGUGUUUAUUUCAAUACGAGUUAGUUAUUAUCAAAAAAAAUAAACAAGAGAAAUAAAAAGCAGAAAAACAUCAAAUAACACAUUUUGUGUGCAAGUAGGCUUCUGUGGUUUCCCUUAGAAAUUGGACAAUGACACUUAUCAGCAAUCAGCAUAAAAGGGAUACAAUUUCACAACUCUUUUAGGCUAACUGUUGCCCACUUUGGCUACAUUUUCACUUCACCGUUGCUGCUCUGUAAGGUAUGGGCCUCUGUAUAUCCUGAGUUGACCUCCAUGCGAGCCAAUUUACUCUCUCAUGUCUGGCAGUGUAACAGAGCUUGGAUUCAUUCAUUAGUUUGAUGGCAAGAAAAGCCAGGGCAAGAGCUCCUUAUAAGAGGAAUUAGGCUCAGGUUAACAAUCUGCCGGUGUCAGCCAAUCCUAUUAGGAGCUGAAGGUCAGUUGAGACUAACAACCUCCUUACUUUAAGUGUGUAUGUACUGUGGGUGAAGAAUACAUAGCUGGUUAUCAUUUUACUUUAGUAUACAUAUGUAAAGAAAAUGGAUAUGUCAGUGAAAGAGAUUAGACAAUAUAUUCUGAUGCGGAGUACGUUCAUCCUGGAAUGUGCUAUGAGAACAGCUUUUUAAAAAAUUGGCCUAUCAGAUAGAUGGAUUAUCGUGAAUAACAAGA